GGCGCUUCUGUAUUUCUACCUAUCUUCUUCUAAUUAUACUGAUUUCGAUUCUUGUAUUUCCCAAUCCCGCCUAUUUGCCAGCAACAGUACAGUCAUCAUGUCUACUUCGCCAGACAACCACUCUGGGCCCAAGGUUGAGCCCGAGAGUGGUGACGCUCAGCACCUCGAGGCCCAAACUUCCCAACAGCGAGAGUCCUCGAGCAAAUUGAUGCGUUUUUACUCGCAUCCAUGGACCCAGAUUAUUCUCAUCAGCUUAAUCGCUUUCUGUCUCCCAGGCAUGUACAAUGCUCUCAGUGGCCUGGGAGGUGGUGGUCAGGUCGAUCCAGAUGUCAACUCUAACGCUACUGUCGCUCUUCUCGCCACCACAGCUGCUACCGCUCUCUUUGUUGUCGGUCCCAUUUUCUCUUGGGUCGGUCCCAGAAUCUGCUUCCUUAUCGGUGGUUGGACCUACGCCCUCUACAGCGGCAGCUUGUUGCACUACAACCACACUCACAACGCCGCUUUUGUCAUUGCUUCGGGUGCAAUCCUCGGUAUUGGUGCAUCCUUCCUUUGGAUUGUGCAGGGCGCCAUCAUGACCACCUACGUUGACGAGUCGCAAAAGGGACGUGCCAUUGCUGUCUUUUGGGUCAUCUUCAACCUAGGUGGAGGCAUUGGCUCGCUCGCUUCGUUCGGCCUCAACUUCCACUCGCAGAGCUCCACCGUCAACGACUCAACAUACAUUGCUCUCAUGGUUAUCAUGAUCUUUGGCUGGUUCCUUGGUUUCUUCAUCUGCUCACCCUCCCGAAUCCGCCUUGCGCAGCUCAACCGCGCCGUCGAGACCGAGAAGCACUCCUUUGCUGGUACCAUCAAGUCUGCUGUCAAGACUGUUGCCAAAUGGCGCGUUGCCUGCAUGAUUCCUCUCUUCUUCUCUGCCAACAUCUUUUACAGCUACCAGCAAACCAAUGUCAAUGGUUUCACUUUCAACAUUCGCAGCCGCUCACUCAACGGUGCUCUGUACUGGCUGGCGCAGAUGCUCGGUGGUUUAGUCAUGGGUCUCCUUCUUGAUGCUCCUUGGUUGAGCCGCAGCAACCGAGCCCGUCUUGGUUGGGUUGUUGUCUUUGUUACCGGCAUGGUUAUCUGGGGUGGAGGUUAUCAGUUCCAGAAGUGGCAAGACGACUUCCUUGCCAAGGGUGGAAAGCAAACCCUCGAUUACACCGAGAGCAGCACCGCCACCGGACCCAUCUUCCUCUACAUCUUCUACGGAGCCUACGAUGCUCUCUGGCAAAGCUUCGCUUACUGGCUCAUCGGUACUGAGUCCAACAGCGCCGCGCGUGCCGCCAUUCUGGUUGGCAUGUACAAGACGCUUCAGGCUGCCGGUGCUGCCAUGGCUUUCCGCCUCAACGCCCUCCACCUCAGUGGCAUGGGCCAGCUCAUCAUGGACUGGGCGCUCUGCAUCGGUUCCCUCAUUAUUGUCCUGCCUACGGUUCUGACUGUGUCGAACCAUACCACAGAAGAUGGAGAAUCACCCAGCUCAGCUGAUGAAGAGCUGCAAAAGACAGUCUCUGCUGCUACACAAGAAAAGUAAUACCCCGGGUCAGCAAAAUGGAUUCGUAAUUUUAGUACAUAUUAUAUUUAGAAACAUAGUAAUUUAACAACGUGAAAGAUACCAACUCCGUCGCUAUGCAUUUAAAAACCCAAGGGUGGCUUGCGUGUUGUUUAUUCAACAGUGCCGUCCAAUCCACCUCGGAUCCCGUCCAAGACAGCAGCCCAUUGGCUGUUGGCGCGAUACUUGCCAACUUCUGCAAACUUGUCGCAGGCGAUGCGUCUCACCAGUAGCAUGUCCUUGGCUUUCUUCAAGCUACGGCCAUCCCCAGAAGAGAGGUACUGCUCUAGCCAUGCAUCCUCGAUAGUGUCGAACGGGAAGAAGAGGAAUUCGCCAGCCUGCGACGCCUCAUCACCGCGGCCUUGGCCAAAGGCAUGUUUCAACAGCUGCUGAAACAAAAGCUCUCUGGUAGGUUCGGGGAAUGUUCGCGAAAAUAGAAGCGCCUCGGUGGCACUGGUCUGAACCAUAGAAGCAAAGAGCAGCUCCAGAGCAGCAGUAGACUUGAGAAUGGGCUGAACGCUAUAGAAGUACGCCAAUGCCAGGUUUUGCUCACCAGCAGGAGCAUGUCGGACGAGUGUCAUGAGGAUAUCAUCAGCAAAGUCGGCGCCCAAGCAAGGAUGCGCUACGUAUUCGAUCGCCGCCGAGAAAUCGGCACGGUCCAUGUGCCACAGCCCGGUCAUGAAGAGCUGGUAGUUGCUCGGCAUGCCUGAUGCCAUGGCGAAUCUGUUGCAAGCACUAGAAGUUCCAUUGACAAGAUCGAAGUCCAACAAGAUGUAGUAGAAGAGUGAAAGCUUAUGGUGAGUCGCAAUGUUGGCUUCGCAAACGUGCUGGUGGAAUUGCUUUAGUGCUGCGUCGGU